AUAAAUUAUUCAUUGUUAAAAAUUAAAUUUUCAAUCGUAUUAAUAUUUUAAGAUUAAUAAUUAUAUAAAGUUGCGCUGUGUAUAAAGGAUAUGUUAAAUAUGAAAUAUCCGGAUUAUCAUCGUAUUAAUUAAAUGCACAAAUAGAAGAGAAUAGGGAAGUAAUUAGCUUCUUACCAGUGAAAAUACUAAACUUUGAUGGUGUUCAUUCUCAAAGUAUAUCAACAAUAUACCUAACUAUGUAAACUUGAUAAUUAAACGAGAACUUCAUUCUGAUAUUGUUCGCCAAUAUGAAAGACUACUAAUAAUCUCUCUAACAAGUGAUAUAAAAUUAACACAAUAAAGAGCACAAUUACAAGAUGAUUCUCAUGAAACUGAUGAUUUCGUAAUACUCAAAGGAUCCCGUUGUAAUUUGCAAAUAUAAUCGUCGUCGAUAAUCAAACCAAAAAGUGAUCAGUACCAAACUGUGCGGACUGAAAUAUCCACGAACGGAACUGCCUGUUAUACAUGUUUGGAUAGCAAAGUGAGCACGAUUUUACGCGAUACGAACAUUUUAGCGAGUGCGUCGAUAUUCACAGCAUUCGAAAUAUCAAUGUUUAUCGAGAGAUGAUCGCAAGACUCGGAAGAUUAAGUAAAAUUGCAACUACACAUGCGGAUAGCGAAAAUCGUUAUUAUAUUUUCGAUUAAUUUUAAACUGCAUCAUUUUAAUAUUGCUCAAAAGAAUGCUGCAACAAUUAAUGAUCGUUGAAAAUUUUGUAAAAAAAUAAAUAAAUUUUUCGUGAAACCGUGACAGAAUCGUGAGAAAAAGUCACAAAACGUGUGAAGCUAUGCUUCAAACAUGUGAGAAAAAAAUAUCGCUGACUCUAUCGUGGCACAGUUCUGAACCGCAGUUCAAAAUGUUGGAAGACUAGCCGAGCAGUGAAACAAAACAUUCAUAAAUACAGUUGUGUGAUAACAGUUCGAUAAAGUGACAUCUCACAGCAAUGUAACAUUCGCUGGUAUAUCGGGGUGUAUUCUGGGCACAGGCGAAUGAGGGAGAGAACGAAAGAUCGAAGAGCACGAGUGACAAGAAAAUGUCGAUUCAGGGGCGCAACCUGUCCGAUAACACCGCUUCCACCGAAUAUUUCGGUGCUUUAGAGGCCGAUGAUGACUCGUCGAUUGUUACCGGCCUCCCACGAUUCUCCACCGUCACUUCCGGAAUUGCCAACGUCACCUCGCCAGUCAUCCCGCAGUCAUCCGGUCAAGACAGCCUCCUGGAGAAUCUUAUUAUACCGCUGUACGGCACAAUCUUCUUCCUUUCCAUCGUCGGGAAUUCUUUAGUACUCAUCACCCUGGCGAGGAACAAACGGAUGCGCACGGUGACAAAUGUUUAUCUGUUGAACUUGGCUGUGUCGGAUCUUUUGCUCGGUGUAUUCUGUAUGCCCUUCACUCUCCUGGGUCAGAUUCUCAAGAAUUUUGUUUUCGGUCUCACAAUGUGCAAGCUGAUACCGUAUUUUCAAGCUGUGUCAGUAUCGGUGGGCGUCUGGACGCUGGUGGCCAUUUCGCUCGAACGCUACUUUGCCAUUUGCCGACCAUUAAAAUCGAGACGAUGGCAGACACAGUUUCACGCUUACAAAAUGAUCGCUGUUGUGUGGACUCUUAGUCUCACAUGGAACGUGCCGAUUCUCAUCGUGUCCCAACUAAAAAAUUUAAGCGGAGGAAGGCGUAAGUGUCGCGAGGAAUGGCCGAGCGUCGGCGCCGAGAGAGCGUACAACCUCUUCCUGGACGGCACUCUGCUUCUGAUACCGCUGCUGCUCAUGAGCCUGGCUUACUCGCUGAUAGCGAUAAAACUUUGGCGCGGCCUGAAGCUCGAGAUACGACAGUCAUCGACGUGUACCAGAAGACUCGGAAGAACGGAAUCUAACGCAACGAUUCGGGGCUCAAGUUACAACAACAAUAAUGAUCGGGAUGCAAGGACGACGAUGGUAUUUGAUGCUUGCGGCCCGACUUCGAGAUCGCGGCGUGGCUUUUCGUCUUCCUCGAGACACUUCCAAGGCGCUUCUCAAGGUGCACCAUCUAGGAAGGUGCGGUUACCACGGACGGUGGUCUCCAGGGUGCUCACUGGCAAGUGUCACGGUACAGAUUUGUCCCAGGCAUCCCGGAUUCAGAUACGGGCGAACGGAAGUGGCUGCUUAGCGCGCGACACGAAGGAUAUCAUUAACGAGGAUCAGCAGGACUCGCCCUGUCCGCUCACCAGACAACACGUGAUACGCAGUAAUUACAUGGGGAAGAGCAUCGAGGCGAAGAAGAAGGUGAUCAGGAUGCUCUUCGUGAUAGUCCUCGAGUUCUUCGUGUGCUGGGCGCCGUUGCACGUGAUCAAUACGUGGUACCUUUUCUCGCCCGAACUGGUGUACUCGGUCGUCGGCAGCACCGGCAUCAGCCUGGUGCAACUGCUGGCCUACGUCUCGAGCUGCUGCAACCCCAUCACGUACUGUUUCAUGAACAGAAAAUUUCGCCAGGCAUUCCUCGGCCUCUUCGACUGCCACCGCUGUUGGAGGGUAGGUUGCAGACACAGCGACAUCGCAAUGGCGGCCACCGGAAACGCCGGGCAAGCUGGCAAUAACAGCGAAUUAAGCGGAAACGACUCGACAGUGUAUCUGGGCAAAGCGUCCCUCGUCGCCAGAUCAGAGGUAGUGCGGUUACUGGAGGAGGAAGAUCGCGUCUAGUAUAAGUCGUGUGGAUUAUGCGACGGGGCGGCGCGACCGAACGUAUCUACUCUGCCGCAACUCCGCGAGAAGGAGGAAGACUUUUUUCUGAAAAUAUCCUGGCGGCCGCCCGCCGACAGGGUCGCUUGUCGCGCAAGUGGUAAGGAACCCGCGCAUGCCGGCCCGUCUCAUUGCUCAUCGAGAUCUUCCUGCGUGGACAAUCUCAACUUCCUUUACGAUUGACUGAAGUGAGACGUUGACGUGAUUUUUCCAAAUGUUCUGUGACGUGAUUCCAAAUGUUCUAUGUAAUCCCUGGCCUAACAGAAACUCGGAUCUCAUUUUUUUACAGUUUCAAUUAGUUUAUAAAGAUCAGAACGUAUAUAUCUGUGUAUUAAGAAGAAAAGAAACCCGCGUUGCGUCUCUCCGAAUCUCGCGUUGAGAAUUAUUUUUAUAUUCUGCAUCGAAUUGAUCGUUCGCACGGUUAACAAUUAAAAAAAAAAGAAGUUAGCGUUUUUGUACAUGUUAAACGAAUAACUUAUACGAUGAAGAUCUUACAGAUACAUACAUAAUUCUACUCUACAUGUAUAAGAAAAAUUAAUUUGUCAAACGUGUUGUACCUUAAUAAACUUAUAAAAUUGUUAAAAUUAAUAUUUGUCUAGUAAGAAAUAUAGAGAUCGUUAAGCAUAAUCAAUUAAUAUAUCCUCAACAACGAUAACCUCUUUCAGAAUGACGGACGCGCAGAUAUAUUAAAAAUUGUAUUUUUGCAUCGCAAUUUUUUCUGAUCUUACCCCUUAAGUAUGAUGAUAAUAUGAUAACGCUAUAAAUAUUCGCGAUAUCGUAAAAGUUACCGCUUCCAGAAGGAUUAAUAAUUGACCUAAUUUUUACGAGAUAAUGUCUAAUACGUUUGGAUUAAAAAAAUGACAAAACGCUUUGGGCACUUUCGCAAGGCGAGCUCUUAACCCGCGGAGCCAUAAAGUAUAUUUACCUAGUAAACACAGUCUUAUGCGGAAAACAAACACAGUUAUAACUAUUUCUGCUUAACGCCUGCUCAUUUAUGUUACUUACGCUAAUUUCGAGAGACGGUUUUAUAUUUCAUGUUUCGCGCGUACCCGCUUAUUAGAUAUUUUACAUUUAUUGCAAUUCCAGCAGUAGACCGCGUUUUAUUCAAUUUUGCAUGGCUCCCUGCGAAAACGGCGAAAAUUUCGCUCUUCGAGAAACGCUCGGUAUGCGGUGUUCAAGAAUCUUUGAUAAGGUGCAUCGCACAUAUGAAAUUCAUAUAGAAAUGUGCCGUACGAUACGUGCAGUUCGCGUAUCUUUCAUCGUGCAUAUCCUUGAUAUGCACCUGUUGCACACGAUUCAUGGAUCUGUCAAAGAAUAACCCUUAAAUGAUAGAAGCGUCAAAUGUACGACCGCAUUAUAUAUAAUCGCACAUCAAAGCUGUACUUGCUGCUCUCUCUCAUAUUUAUAUGAUGGUGCUUCAAUAUACAUAUUACUGUUCUCGUGUAACGCAGGCAUUUCUCCCAGUGUUACGUAUCGUCGCAUCGAUUCCAUGAAUCGUAACGUUUCUAAAAAAUUCGUUUUAUAUAUCUAUUAUAUUUAUUGUCACUUAAACAUAUUUUUUCAAAGAAAUAACUUAUUAACGAAAUGCUACAUAGUAACGUUUUCGUUAUUCAAAUAUAAGAUUCCUUUAAAUUUACGAAAUGAUUAGAAUAUGCUGAUAUAUGGUGACAUAAGAGACAAAUUUUUAAACGAUUCAUCGAAUAACUGUGUUUGUUUUGACACAUUUUUCAAUCAAUUUUAUAUGAUAUUUUAACUAUAACGUAUACGUUAUUUACUUAUCAGAAGUAUUUAAAAAGGUUUAUAAGUAUCUCUCUUUACAAAGCUACAUUACUUGCUCGCUGCAUUACAUAAGAAAAUAUAGAAUUUACUGCGUAAAUUAUAUAAUUAUAAUAAGAUGAACGUCGCAGCUCAGCAGCAUUAUAAAAUAAUUAUUCGCGCAAAAAAAAUGCAGAUCGUAUUGUAAGUAAUAAAAUAAAAUCCCACGACAUUCUAUAUUCUUCUGAAAUAUUCAAGAAACAUUCGAAAGUUCUUCUUGCGAGAUGUGUAACAAAAUAGAAUAAGGUUUAAUCGACUUUACAAACAUAGACACUGUGCAGAGAUGUUUAAUAAAAUUUUUU